CAUCUCAUCCUUCACAGUAGGACCCAUCAACACUCUGCUGCAGAAAAGGGAAUAUCUUCAAGACAGUAAGCACCCUUGCCACCCCACCGCAGUGGAGUUGGAACUAGAUGAUCUUGAAGGUCCUUUGCAUCCCAAACCAUUCAAUAACUCUGAGAUUUCAUGCUGUGACCAAGCAGGUCACAGUUGCUCUGAUGGAAUGCACAGCCCCACAGCCCUUCUACUUGGCUAAGCUGAGGGAGUUGAGCCUGCCUGCUUUUGGCUAAUCACAAAGGCUAGGGCAAUGGUCACACCGAGGACCUUACUGUUUCUUUCCUUCCAGUUAUACCAGAUGUUCUCCUACAUCCUGGAUUAUUUGCCAGGCCCACACAACAAUUUAUUCAUAGAAACCGAUGCCAUAAAAGCAUUUGUUGCAGAGGAGGUGAAGCUGCAUCAAGCCUCCCUGGAUCCCAGUGCCCCUCAGGAUUUUAUUGACUGCUUCCUCAGCAAAAUGCAGGAGGAAAAAGACAAUCCCAAAUCACACUUCCACAUGACAAACCUGAUAACCUCGACCUUCGACUUGUUCAUUGGUGGAACAGAGACAACAAGCACCACUACACGAUACGGGCUUCUGCUUCUUCUCAAAUAUCCAAAGAUACAAGAGAAAGUUCAAGAAGAGAUUGAUCGGGUAGUAGGACGAUCACGAAGACCUUGCGUGGCUGACCGGACCCAGAUGCCCUACACAGAUGCAGUGGUCCAUGAAAUCCAGCGCUUCAUCACCCUCAUCCCUAUGAGCCUCCCUCAUGCUGUCACCAAAGACGUCCACUUCAGAGACUACGUCAUUCCCAAGGGCACCACAGUCUUUCCCCUCCUCAGUACUGCACUGUAUGACAGCAAGGAGUUUCCAAACCCAACUGAGUUUAAUCCUGGGCAUUUCUUGAACCAGAAUGGCACCUUUAGGAAGAGCGAGUUCUUCAUUCCCUUCUCAGCAGGGAAACGAAUUUGCCCUGGGGAGGGCCUGGCACGCAUGGAGAUAUUCUUAUUCUUGACCGCCAUCCUGCAGAACUUCACCUUGAAGCCUGUCGUCAGCCCUGAGGAACUCAGCAUCACCCCAACACUGAGUGGGACAGGAAAUGUUCCUCCCUACUACCAGCUCUGUGCUAUCCCCCGCUGAGGGGCACAGAACCUCACUGCUGUGCUCCUGAGCCAGUCUGCUCCUUUACACCUCCCUGACUCAAACCAGUGGCAGGAGUGUUGCCCCACCACCCCAAAGCCUCCACGAGGACAGCCCACAGACAAAGUCCCAGGCAGAUCAAACACAGAUCUGCUCCUCCUCACUGCAGUGCAGAAGGUGAUGUUGCACCCUAGUGCAGUGACACUCUGUGCAUAUGCUCCAAGAGCACAGCAGUCCCACUGAACAGCUGAUUUGCUCACACCUGUGACUCCAUGGCUAUUCAUCUCCUGCUUCCCUGGCCUUAUGUGUCCCAGCAGCAGCAGCAGACUUUGCAGAGGGACCACAUUGCUAUGCUGUAUGUGUAUGCUAAUGACCCAAUAAAGAACCAUCUGUUUAUGA